AUGGAUCAAUUGAUCAACUACCCUCACAUGUUUUACCAAACCGCCCAAUACAUGCAUUUGUCUGCAUAUGAAGGAAUUUCACCACAAAAUCAAGAAGUCAAAUCCAACCAUCAGCAAUCUUAUUGCUUGCAAAGAUAUCUACAAGAACUUCAACCAAUUAUAAAUGAUACUGCAGAAAAUUAUUAUAUAAACCCAAUUUCCAAAUCUAAUUUUUAUCGCAGUGAAUCUUUACGAGGUGGUGACAAUAAUGCACUAAAUUGCCAGAAUGAAAACGAAACCAUCAUUUCUACGAGUGAAUUAAAAGUAACACCAGUUGAACCAACUACUUUGUUAGUUAAUGAUAAUAUUUCUUCAAAUAUAAACGAAGAACAAUCUAAUAAUUCAAAAUUUAAUAGUGCUAAUAAAAGGAAAUACAGUGCCUACGCUAAAAUCGCAGACAACGUCUAUGCAAAACUUCAAGACAAUCUAGAACUAAAUGAAUGUAUGGACACGGCAAAGGCGAAGACCAGGGCGCAAGUAGCACCGCGUAAAGAACGCACUGCUUUUACAAAAGACCAAAUCAAACAAUUGGAAGACGAAUUCAAAUUUUGCAAUUAUCUCACACGUCUUAGAAGAUACGAAAUUUCAGUAGCUUUGCGUUUAACCGAAAGACAGGUAAAGGUUUGGUUCCAAAACAGAAGAAUGAAGUGGAAAAGAACAAAAACAAAUUGCAGUGACAAUGGAGAUUUGUGA